UUUCCCACCCACAUUACGAUAAAUCGUAUAUCCCUUUCAAUGAUUGGUUAAGACCAUCCUGCUUUCUCUGCCGCGAUUGGCUCUCGAGCAGUCCGCCAAUCCGGGCUCUGCUUGCGUGGACGCCAUGUUGUUUCGGAAUACCGGUGUGAAGAUAACACCGAGCUGUGUUAAUGAAAUAAAGUUACCGAGUGCCAUUCUCAAACAGGCAGAUAAUCCGCUUUUGAGAAGAAAAUGUCUCUUUCAACCGCGCGCUCUUUCUUAUCGGAGGCCGGCUACGGGGAACAGGAGUUGGACGCUAAUUCGGCUCUCAUGGAGCUGGACAAAGGCCUGAGAUCGUGCAAACUGGGGGAGCAGUGUGAAGCUGUGGUGCUCUUUCCCAAGCUCUUCCAGAAAUAUCCCUUCCCCAUCCUCAUCAACUCGGCCUUCCUGAAACUGGCCGACAUUUUCAGACUCGGGAACAACUUCCUCCGGCUGUGUGUGCUGAAAGUGACCCAGCAGAGCGAGAAGCACCUGGAGAAGAUCCUGAACGUGGACGAGUUUGUUAAAAGAGUCUUUUCCGUCAUCCACAGUAACGAUCCCGUAGCCAGAGCCAUCACACUCAGAAUGCUGGGCAGCCUGGCGUCCAUCAUCCCCGAAAGGAAAAACGCCCAUCACAGCAUUCGCCAGAGUUUGGACUCGCACGACAACGUGGAAGUGGAGGCCGCCAUCUUUGCAGCAGCCAGUUUCUCAUCUCACUCAAAAGACUUUGCAGCGGGGAUUUGCAACAAGAUCAGCGAGAUGAUUCAAGGCCUGGCCACUCCAGUGGAACUGAAGCUGAAGCUGAUCCCCAUGCUCCAGUACAUGCACCACGAUGCAGCUUUGGCCUCCCGGAGCAGGGAGCUGCUGCAGGAGCUUGUCUCCUCGUACCCCUCCACACCCAUGGUGAUCGUUACGCUGCACACCUUCACGCAGCUUUCCCUCUCUGCUCUCAUCCACAUCCCCAAACAGAUCGAUUUGCUCCUGCAGUAUCUGAAGGAAGACCCGAGAAAAGCGGUGAAAAGACUCGCCGUUCAGGACCUGAAGCUCCUGGCGAAGAAAGCUCCUCACAUGUGGAGCAGAAAGAACAUACAGAUGUUGUGCGAGAGCGCCCUCAGCACCCCUUAUGAUGGUCUAAAACUCGGCAUGGCCUCUGUCCUGUCUACACUCUCUGGAACCAUCGCAAUCAAGCAGUACUUUAGCCCUACCACAGGUGAAUCCCCACCGUCUCCUCACCUGACUGACAUUGUCAAGCUGGCGCAGGAGUGCUGUUACCAUAGCAACCUGGCCGUGGCAGCCCACGGCGUGACUGUGCUAGCUAACGUUGCCAUCUCCUGCCCCGAGAAAGAUGUUGUACAGUUGGAGCAGGACACGGUGAUGGGGAUGGAGUCUUUACUGUUGCUGUGCAGUCAGGACGACGGCGCGUCCGCUCAGACCACGCUGAAAACGGUGCUGGUGUGUCUGGUGAGGAUGCUGAGGGCGCGUCCUCUCCUCAGUCAGGUGUGCGUGGAGUUCCUCUUGGCCCAGCUGCACCACUCCUGUGACUCGGCUUGCGUCGCUAUCUGCCACGCUCUGGCCGCCAUCGUUACUCAGCUGCCCGUGCUGGGGGAGAGCAUGCUGGGAAAUCUACUGGAGCUGUACAGCAGUGCCACUCUCAGGAGCUCUGAUAAACAGCAGGAACUUUUGGUCUGUUUGGCCACGGUGGUGUUUGUGGCGAGUCAGUCGUCUCUGAGUGCUGAGGUGAAAGACGUGAUUCGCCCGCAGCUGGAAGCCUCGGCUAACGGCUGGACCGUCUACCGCAUUGCGCGUCAGGCCUCGCGCAUGGGCUGCCACGAGUUCUCCAGCGAGCUGUACCAAAGUCUGCGCACGCGCGUUGCCUCCGAGCACUUCUACUUCUGGCUGAACGCGCUGAUGGAGUUCUCGCAGGCCGAGCACUGCCUGACCAGCCUGGCUGACGGAGACUACAGCGGAGCCAUCAGUGCCAUCACCGAUGCCCUCAAAUCCUACCAGAAAGGCUUCACUUCCCUCACGGCAGCGAGCACCCCUCUGAGUCCUCUGACGUUCCAGUGCGAGUUUGUGAAGCUGCGAAUCGACACGCUGCAGGCUCUGGCCCAGCUUAUCUGCACCUGUAACAGCCUAAAGACGAGUCCUCCACCUGCCAUCGCCGCCAGCAUGGCUCUGUCGUCUGGGAGUGAACUGCAGCGCUGCGGACGCAUCUCCCAGCAGAUGAAGCUCUCCACGGAUGAAUUCCGGAGUCUUGCGAGUCGCUACGCUGAUUUGUACCAGUCCUCCUUCGACGCUGAUUCAGCCACACUCCGAAACGUCGAACUGCAACAGCAGAGCUGCCUGCUUAUUUCCUACGUGAUCGAAGCUUUAAUACUCGACCCUCACACUGCCAGCUUGCAGGAUUUUGGCCCGCUGAGUUCAGUUCAAGCAGAGAGCAAGUAUGAGCGCAGGAUGCAGUCUGUGUUCAACCUCGUGCUGGAGGAAGUGGAGACGCUGAGCAGGAAGCACCCUCCUGUUUCUUACCUGCACACUGGCUGCCUGUGUGACGCCGUCAUCGCUCUGCUCAAAGUCCCGCUGUCCUUCCAGAGGCAUUUCUUCCAAAAACUGCAGUCCACCAGUAUCAAACUGGCUCUGUCUCCAUCUCCUCGCACGCCCAACGAGCCAAUCCCGGUGCAGAACACCCAGCAGUUGACGCUAAAGGUCGAAGGAGUCAUUCAGCACGGCUUCACUCCCGGCCUCUUCCGCAAAAUCCACUCGGUCUGCCUGACCGCCAGCGCCACGCUGCAGUCCAAACCUGCUCCGGACUUCAAGGUUCCUCUCGAGUCCAAGGCCAAUGAGAUCGAGCAGCGGGUGGAGCCUCAUAACGACUACUUCAGCACUCAGUUCCUGCUGAACUUCUCUGUGCCGGGGAGCCACAGUGUGACGGUGGAGGCGUGUGUGGUGGACGAGAGCGGGGUGCAGUGGAAAACCGGGCCCACGAGUACAGUGAGCGUGAAAUCCAUGGAGGAUCCGUUCUCGCAACAGCUCCGCCAUCAGCAGGCUGGAGCUCAGGCAGCUCAGCGCAGCGUCCCCGCCCGCUUCCAGUAACGUUUCGGCCUUGCGUUUCGGACGCCCGCGUUUGUAGUCCGUCCCUCUACCGUGCACUCGGCGUCCAUUCACACUGACGAGUCUCGCGCUCGAGUUCGUCUCCGUCACUUGGACUCGGCGCAGACCGUACGUCUUGAAACGCGGGAAUAAAACACGACAGGACACGCCGUUAGAGGGGAUUCGACCAUGCCGUUAUCGCUUUGAUUAUAAACCUGUCAUUUUCUAGAAAAUGAAUCAACAUCCAUUCCACCAAUCCGAUUCGAGACUUCAACAAAUGGUAGGAGUGAAAAUGUCUACUGUAUAACUUCUACACGUGACUGAUUUACUUUCCUUUAAAGAAGCAGUUUGUCAUUUUUGUGCUUCCUGCUGCGUACGAGGCAAAACACAUGCCCGAAGAGAACUUUCUACCCCUCCAGAUCGACCCCGCCCUCCUCCGAUAAAACUACGCGCACAGUGUAAAGCGCUUUGGAACACGCUGAGGUUCAAGAAAAGCGCUUUAUACGUGCAGACCAGACCAGUAAACAAUAAUAAGUGAAAUAAAGGCAAUGUUCGGUGUGACGACCAAAAAAAAAAGUAGUCUCUGGAGCAAUUAGUGCAGUUUUACAAGUGUUAUUGAGCAUGUUGCAGAACCAGACACGGACCUUCUGGAGACUCUGACUCGCUUCUUAUUUUUGCAGCAAAACCCAGCAGCCUUCAUCAUUAAUUUCUUUACUGACGUACAAACAUGUUUCUGUAACAUUUCAUUUUGUGUCUGGAGAACUGAUGUUGGGGAAUCUAAAAUGUUUUUAUACUGACUCGAUAAUGUAGAAAUCAUAAAAUAAAAAUCUAUAACAAAGUUUGUACUAAAAGAAAUAGAGUGCCUAAAACUUUUCGCGCAGUACCGUGUGUGACAUUAUUAUAACUGCGAUCAUGUGGUCGAUUAAAUAAGCACAAGGCUGAGGAUCGGAUCUGUACAAUAUAUCCUGUUGUCUGUGAAGC